AUGAACAAUCCUUAUGAGAAACUCGAGACCUUCUUGGGGAGCAUCUGGUGGCCCUCUACAAUUGGCAGAGUGCCCACUAAGAUAUUAGGGACAUUGAAGGCCGACCAAUGGUGGAACUUCGCAACAGUUCUGCCUGUCGCACUUUAUUACGCAUGGCAGCAGAAUGGCAAGAUCCCAGAUUGUGAUUCGCCUAGACCUGCUCCCAAAUCUAAAGCUGGUGCUGCCUUCGCAAAGACUGAGAAGCUGCUGCGAGAACGUCGCAAGGCUUAUCGUAUGCACAUUGCACAGCAGUCGGGUAGGACUGUAGUCGUGGCACACUUUGAGGAGGAUGACAUCUCUAUGGAUCGGAAUUACCAGCGUCAUUUCAAGGCUGUUCUCGAUGCAUGCUCCGCCAUCUGCAUCUGGACGGCCUAG